AUGAGGGAUGAUACCCCCAAUAUCAUUGCUUCGGCCGCCAUAACACUUCCUCUCGCGACCUUGGCUCUUAUUGCCCGACUUAUUGCGAGGAAGAUCACGAAAGCUGGAUAUGGCAUUGAUGAUGCUUUCGCCGUUGUUGGCUGGUUGGGCUCAUUGGCCUUGUUGACGAACGGAAUGAUAUGGAUCAAGGAUGGACUGGGAAAGCCAAUGGAAGUUGGACUUACAGACGACUUGACGUUUCACGAUAAAAACCGACUGGCUUGGAUACAUAUGUGGACGACGAGCUUCACUUACACCUUCGCCAUCGCCUUCUCGAAAUUCGCCAUCCUCGCUUUUUACUGGCGUCUCUUCCAAUUCUCCGACAUCCGAAUCCCCAUUCAGGUCCUGUCAUGCAUCACAGUGGCAUGGUUUCUGCUGCGACUCUUCAUGGUGUGUUUGCAAUGUCUACCACUCACAGCAUUAUGGGAUGGAGACCAAGCAACGAGGGAUGCUAAAUGCCAUAUCCGCGAAUCGACGUUUUUCUUCUCGACGGUUUUGACGCAUGUUUUGAUCGACUGCGCCAUUCUUAUUCUGCCCGCCAUCGAAAUUGGGAAACUUCAUUUACCCAAGGGCCAGAAGGUUGCUGUGAUUGCAUUGUUUGCGUUUGGUGCAAUGACCUGUCUGGCAUCCAUUUUCGUCCUCGUUGAGUCAUUCAAGUUCAAGUCGGAUUCAAAAGAGAUGACGUUACAAAUGGGACAGCACUAUGCUUGGUCAAUCGCCGAGUGCAAUUUUGCUGUCAUUGCUGCUUGUCUUCCCAUGCUUCGACCAGUCGCACGCAAGAUCCUCCCAGGCUCAUUCCUCACCUCCAACAGCGGCGGUCAAUCAACCCAAAUCAGCGCCCCCUUCAGCGCACCAUUCAGCAACGGCAUCCGCCUCACCAGCGUAUCCAAGACGCGAUCCCGCGAAAACGACGGCGGAAGCUCAACACACGAACUUUCCAACAACCCACCAGAUCUAUACGACAUAAGCGAAUGGCCACACGGUACACAAACCACGAUAUCAAGCCCUUUUAGGAAAUAUACAUCUGCCAAGGACUAUGAGAGCAGCGAGACGGGGAUCCGUGUUGACGAAGAGACGGCUGUUUCUGUACAACGGCGUGAUGAUAGUAACCUUGAUUGUCAAGCAAAACGUCCAUUGCGUCUUAACACCUUGAUUCAAUGUCUGAAGUUUUCUUGCUCCCCUAGGCCGGGCUAUUCACCCCGAACUUCAGUGUCGGUUUUCAAUGUCCGGCGACCGUCCGGGUGUUUCCGCCUGUCCCGCGGGAGGGAAGUUUACGGAGAGAGGGCCACUCACCGAGUCAUCUCUAAGCUCUUGCAGUUCAAGGUACUGCAAGUCCGUGCGAUACCCUCAAAGCUCGGCCCGCUUAAUUCAGAACUUGUUUUGCUUUCCCCACGAUCCCAUCAUUCUCCCGAUCUUCCCACCUUCAAUCCCGCCCAAACCCUCACAAUGGCUUCAUUCAUGCGCAUGAAGGCCGCAACAGGCCUCUCCGGCCUAUCACGCGUCGCCAUCUCCCGAGCCCAACCCAUCGCCAGCCUCACACACAGCGCCAUCCUCUGCCAGCGCGAUCCUCAACGACGACUCUUCAGUAACUCCAGCAUCUUCAAUGGCUCGUAUAUCGUCUCCGUGCCGCCCAUGGCAGAGUCCAUCACCGAAGGAACAUUAGCCAGCUUGCCCAAGAAGAUUGGCGAGGCGGUUGAGCAGGAUGAGGAGAUUGCUAGCAUUGAGACGGACAAAAUUGAUGUUCUCGUCAAUGCUAGCGAGCCUGGUGCUAUCGCUGAGUACUUUGCUGAGGAGGGCGAUACCGUUGUUGUCGGUCAGGAUCUCGCGCGUAUCGUGACGGGCGAGGAUGCUGGUUCUGUUAAGAAGAGCGAGGGUGAGGAGUCAAAACCUAAGGAGGAGCCCAAGAAGGAGGAGUCAAAGCCUGCUGAGCAACCCAAGGCCGAGGAGAAGCAAUCUACUCCUGCUGCUGAAGCCCCCAAACCUUCAAAGCCCGCUGAGUCCAAGCCUGCGCCCAAGGAGUCCAAGCCUACACCUCCCGCUCAAGGUUCAUCAAGCGGUCCCUCCCGCGGCGAGCGAGUUGAGAAAAUGACACGCAUGCGCAAGACCAUCGCCGCGCGCCUCAAGCAAUCCCAAAACACCUGCGCCUCCCUAACAACCAUCCAAGAAGUCGACAUGACUAACAUCAUCGCCUGGCGCGCCAAGUACAAGGAAGAAGUCGCCGAGGAGCACGGCGUUCGACUGGGAUACAUGGGCGCUUUCACAAAGGCUACUACACUCGCUGCGCAAAAGGUUCCCCAGAUCAACGCUAUGAUCGACACCGAGAAGGAGAUCAUCACGUAUCGCGAUUAUGUCGAUGUUAGUAUUGCUGUUUCGGCGCCUAAAGGUUUGGUUACGCCUGUGUUGAGAAAUACACAUGAGUUGAGCAUUGUUGAGUUGGAGAGGGAGGUUGCUAGCGCUGCUAAGAAGGCUCGUGAUGGCAAGCUUACUAUGGAGGACAUGGAGGGCGGAAGCUUCUCCAUCAGCAACCCCGGUAUCUUCGGCUCCAUGUUCGGAACUCCCGUUAUCAACUACCCCCAGGCCGCUGUGUUCAACAUGAACGGUAUCCGUCAAGAAGUCGUCGCCAUCAAGGGCGAAGCUGUCAUCCGACCUAUGAUGUACAUCAGUUUGACCUACGACCACCGUCUCAUUGACGGCAGAGAGGCUGUCACCUUCUUGAACACCGUCAAGAAGUACAUUGAGGAUCCUUCGCGCAUGCUGCUUGUCUAA